CCACACACACCCACACCCGGCUUCACCCCCACUCACUAGGCUUCAUGCACACUCUCCAUGCCUCACCCCCACUCACCAGCCUUCAUCCCCCACACACACUGGGCUUCACCCUCCCCCACACACACACCAGGCCUCACUCCCACUCACCCCUCCCCCACCUCCCAACUCACAAGGCUUCAGGUGAGUGGUCGGCAGGGAGUGUUUGCUGCUGAUUAUCUCACCCACCUCUCCCUAAUCUUAAAUAUUGAUCCAGUUUCUGCCUCACCCAUGAAAGCUGGGAGUUUUCAGCCUAUUGAUUCUGUCUGAUGUACUCAGUUUCCCCCUCCAGCCCAGACUCUGUGCUACAUUAUAGAAUGUUCACACUGAUACAGCUCAUCCUGCCUUCUGUUAUCCACUGCUACCAUUUUUCUGUAUUAACUCUAAACUGCUGAAAUUCUAAUAUUGAAAUCCUGUUUGGAAGUUACUGUUGCUCGCUCUGCCCUUUCAGGCAGUGUAAAUCCCAACAAGCUCCGUUAAGAAAAACAAAUAAAUCGCUAGCACCCUUGUUCUUUUGACACCUAUAAUCUUACAUUUAAUCUCCUCCCCAUGCUAACCCCUCACCUACUGGAAAUGAGACCCAUGCCUCUAGAAUUUGAAACGCUUCCCAUCAUAUCACCCUGGAAUCAGUUUUAAUGAAACUUAAGAAAAAGCGUUUCACCAGCUUGGAGUAGAAAUGUCAACCUCAGAACAAAAUCUCCAGUUGUUUUUUUGUUGUUUCUUUAUUAUUGUCUUAUUUCUGUCUCCCUCACCCCACUCAAACAUUAAAAAAAUGUUGGCUGUGCUGAGGCAGCUAGUUGCAGAACUAGUUUAAAGAAAUUUGACGCUGUCUCUUGGUUGAAGGAGCCUGGUAACUGGUUGAAUAUCAGCAGAGGGGAGGUGCUUCAGGCAGGUGCUGGGGUGAAGUUCACACUGUAGCCUUCAGAGAUACACACACACUCAGAGAAGGAGAUACCUGCUGUGCUCCUGUUCUAAUGAGAAGCUGCACGAAGGUUUUAAACGAUGCAAGAAGCUACUGUGAUGGCGGAACACAACUGCUCCAAGGGAUCAUACGUAACAUUAAUGUGCCCUUCGACUUCCUGUGAGGCCGUGUGUCAGAUCAUCCACGUGAAGGAUCUAGCAAGCUCUUCCCUGAAUGCAUCUCUGGCAUUGGAUCAAGCAGGGAAUUCACUUGACUUUUAUAUUGGCCUGUCCUUGGCCAUUUUCUCCAGCUGCCUCAUCGGUAUCAGUGUCAUUCUAAAGAAGAAAGGACUGCUCCGAUUGGCUGAAGUAGGCGGCACCAGGGCAGGAGAUGGUGGCCAUGGUUACCUGAAGGAUUGGAUGUGGUGGGCUGGCCUUCUAACAAUGGGCAUUGGAGAAGCGAUGAACUUUGCUGCAUAUGCUUUUGCUCCGGCAACAGUUGUCACUCCACUCGGAGCACUCAGUGUCCUGGUCAGUGCUGUGUUGUCAUCCUACCUCCUGCAAGAGAGACUGAACCUAUUGGGGAAGAUGGGAUGCGUGCUGUGCAUUCUAGGGUCAACCAUCAUGGUGAUUCAUGCACCUCAAGAGGAGGAGGUGAAAACACUGGAAGAAAUGGCACUGAAACUUAAGGAACCAGGGUUCCUGGUGUUUGCUUGCCUCUUACUGAUCACAGUGCUCUUCCUCAUCUUCUACACGGCACCUAGACAUGGGCACACCAACAUCCUUGUCUACAUUAGCAUCUGCUCCCUCAUUGGGGCAUUCUCUGUUUCCUCUGUGAAAGGAAUUGACAUUUCCAUCCGAGCGUACUUUGCUGAUCUCCCAGUGUACAAACAUCCAUUAACCUGGAUUCUCAUCUUCUCGCUACUAGCCUCCAUCAUCACCCAGGUCAACUACUUGAAUAAAUCCCUUGACAUUUUCAACACCUCAGUGGUCUACCCCAUUUACUAUGUGUUCUUCACCACGGUGGUUAUCACCACAUCGGUCAUCCUAUUUAAAGAGUGGUACAGCAUGUCUCCUAUCGACAUUGUGGGUACUGUUACUGGCUUUGGAACCAUCAUCCUUGGUGUAUUCAUGCUUCACGUCUUUAAAGACCUGAACUUCAGCCUGAAGAACUUGCCAAAGACACUCAAGUCACAAGAGGGAGUCUGUGUCACUCCUAUGCUUAAAUUAGAUGACAAGCACAUUCUUAUAGAAAGCACGGACAAUGCAGUUUUCACCGAAGAGAAACCCAGGGUCUUUGUAAUUUACGGUUGAAGAUUUUGGAUUCUUGGACAAUUUAAAGAAAAAAGUGCAACUAUGAAAACCAGAUGUAGGCAGACUAUGGAAUUAUUUAGUGUUCUGAUGCAGUGCCUUAUCAUGUGAACACACUGUAAUAUACAGUGUGCCCAAUGACCUGGAGUGAGGUCAUUUCAUUCCACAGGGAUUUAAUUCAGUCUAGAAUCUAUGCUGCAGAUUGUGGUGACAAUAUAAGUCAGCUGGUCAGAUAUAAACCAAGUCUGACUUUCAAUAAUCCCCUCACCUGUUUUACAUUUCACAUCUCUUGUGAAGUAUGUAGCAUUUUUAAAUAAUUUUUGAGCGGUGGAACUUUAUCCAUGAUCAUUCUAUUCUGUCUCUCAUCAGGAUUGGCUGCUCAAAUGCCAGAAUCAAACAGAUCAGCCCUGCUGCUAGAUCAUGCCAUGGGAAAUGCCACAAUCUAACCAGUUUUCAUGUGAACCUAUCCCCUUUCUCAUUUUGUUUUGAUCAAACAAAAUUCCAAUUGAAAGUUUUUUUCUCAUUAUCAUGAGAUGGCUUUUAUGACUUGUCAGUGAUUCUUGCCAUCAGAUAUGAUUACAUUAUUUGCUUGUGGCUGGUUUCAAGUUCAUGAAAAAGUCAUCCUGUGCUGCUUGCUCAUCAUAAUUGACAAGGCAGUACAGUUCACAUUAAUGCCUCAGACCAGGGAGGGAUGAGUCGCCCAUUAUCCCUGCUCGUGGUCCUUAUUAUGUAUGUGUGUGUAUUAUGUAUGUGUAUAUACCACGUGAAGAAAGGAUUAGAUUUGAACUGAGAUAUAUGUAUGGAGCUGAAAAGCCUGUCCAGUGUGGAACUGAGUCCCACAGAUCAUGGGAACACUGGCCAGUACAGCACUCCUUCAGUACUGCUGUGUCAGCUGAGAUGAAACUCUGGAGUUUGGACUCUAAAAUUCUGAAACCUACAAUCUAUGAGCUCAGUGGAUAAUACAGUCAGCGCUAUAUGCAAAGACUGACACAUUAUCAAGGCAGUGCGUACUAGCUUUUUCUCAACUCUCUUAUUCAUGUCUGCACUUUGGACAAUUUUAUAAUAUCAGUGAGAUAGCAGUGAGUGUUGCACCUCUUUCAGAGUAAAUCGGCUUUCCAAAAAAAUCAGUGAACCCCCCUGCAUCAUUCAAACCUGAUGCUGUCGGAGGCUGGUUGACCUGAAUAUUAUUCAGGCUCCAAGUGUUACAUUGAAGAAAGAUUACAUAAUCUAGUCUUGAGUUGUUUUGGAAUGUUAAAGGUUAAUUGAUAAUGUUAUUGAGGAUUUUAGAGUUUUGAAAGGAAUUAAUAAAUAGAUAGAGAUUUGUAGAAUUUUCUAUGGCAAGGGGAUCUAACCUAAAAUUAACCCAGGCCGUUCAGAAGGGAAACUGGGAAACACUUCUUCACACACAGAGAGGUACAAAUGUGGAACACUGUUUCUCAAAAAAAACCCCAGUAGAUUUUAGCUCAAUUCAUAAUUUUAAAUCUGAGAUUAGUGUGAUUUUUGCCUAGGAGAGAGUAGAAAAGGCAAGAUUGUCAUUCAUUACCCAUUCUCAGUUAUCUUGAAGAGUAAUGGUGUGGCUUUUUCUUGAACAGUGUCAUUCUGCAUGAUGAAGGUGCUUCUUCAGUGCUCUUGGCAUGAGAGUUAAACAAAUCUUCAUCCAACAGGGAACAGUAGCCAGAGACUUUCUACUUCUAACAUCUAAUUUUUCCAUCUGUAGCCAUUAUUUCCUAGGAUGCAAUGUAACUACCAUUUGUUUCUGAGAAUGCGUAUUUCAGCAUCUCCUUUCAUGUUUACACUUUAGCCUUAUGGUUCAGUAUUCCAACUGGGCAUUAUAUGUUCAGACCAGAGAUUCCGCGCUGUAUCCCUGGAGUGAGCUGAGUUAGCGACAUCAGUUGAAGCAAUAACAGAGCUGCUACACUGGGACUAGGAAGUUAAAGAAGGGCAGUUUCACAGAAUAACGGCAAAUGGGGCCAUUCAGUCCAUUGUAUCAACAUUGACCCAGAUGGUGAAGUAUAUUGGAAAAGUCUAUGAAAUACUUAAAAGGUAACAAAAUUUUAGGAAUGUUAGAAAAGUUAAAUAUUGCAAAUGGUCAAAAUCUGAAAAUGCUGGAAGAACUGGGAAAGCCAGGCUGCUUGAAAGGCAAUCAAUCUGGAAUGUUAAUUGUUUUUCUCCAUCCAUAAAUACUGCUUAAUCUGCUGCAUAUUUUCUAUUUCCACUUCCUUGCAAGUGUAGUCCUUAAUGUGCUCCCAGUUUAGUCAGGCCCCAAAAUGUGAAUAUUUCUGUCAGGGCCUUUAAUUCGGUUCUGGGUUCUGCAAGAUGGAUAUAGAUUUGGAACUAGACGAGGGAAAUAUGUUGAUCACUUUUAAUCUUUGUGUGAAUGAAUGUACCCUGAAUGGUCAAUGUGUUGGAGCAAGAUGAAAAUAAUCUUAAGUUUGUAUUUUUCUAUUUCAUAUAUAUUUUUGUAACAUUGUUUUUGUAAAGAUGCCUGUUAAUGCAUUAUGAUUCCUCAGUGAUGAGUGCAUUCACAGUUUAAUGUCAAACAGAAGCAAAUUGUAAAUGGAGAAGCCACAAUAAAUAUUUGGCUUGGUAUAUUAAGAGUUUCUACAGAAUAAUAAAAAUGAACUGAAAUGUU